AUCAAACACCAGUUCCACGGACAGAUAUAAGAUGCGUUCCUUCAUCAUCAUCGCCCUCUUCGCACUGAUUGCCGUGGCUGCCGCUCAAGGUGGACCCCAGGGCGGACCUCAGGGUGGACCUCAGGGUGGACCUCAAGGUGGACCACAGGGCGGACCCCAGGGUGGACCUCAAGGUGGACCCCAGGGUGGUCCUCAGGGAGGACCCCAGGGUGGACCGCAGGGAGGACCCCAGGGUGGUCCUGGUGGACCCGGUGGACCCGGGGGACCGUGGGGACUGCCUCCAAAUGCCACUCUUCCCAGCAACAGCACUACCACCACCACCACUUCAACGACCACCGAAUCCAGCACCAGCACAACCACGGAAGCCAGCACCGAGUCAUCCCCUGCUUAAGGCGCAGGACUCCAGCCAAUCUAAAAUCCAUUUUUGGCUUGUUCUCUUCCGCGCUUUCCUCGAUAUUAAUAAAAGUCUUUUCUGCAAAAAGU